GCUCAUUCAAUGCAUCAAUGCGUCUCCGUGUGGUCUGGUAUCUGGCGCAAAAACAAGUGAUCCAUACUGGUUAUGCGUAACUGUCACUCUCUCGGAUUAUCGGUGGCAGCAAACACAGUGUCGAGGCGUGCGAGGGAUACCCAGGUCGCCAUUCCUUGUGGAUUAUUUAAUUGAUCAAAGUGCCGCCGAUUUCUCUUGUUUACUUGAUGUAGUGUUGUGUCCGUAUCAGGCAGUUGCAGCUGGUCUUUAUUUGGCGGAUUGUGUCACACUUUGCUACUGCAUCACAUUCGCGGGACACAAUGGGGGAUACGGAUGUAUCAGAUGGGCCUAAGCCUCAUUACAGAACGCUGGAUGAUUCGAGGCUCUCUGCAGAUGAGAUGGAUGAACAGCGCAAGUCGAAUAUAGCCUACGAAUAUCUGUGUCAUCUGGAAGAGGCCAAAAUGUGGAUUCAGGCCUGCAUCAAUGAGGAGUUGCCCCCGUCAACAGAACUGGAAGAGGGGCUCAGAAAUGGAGUGUACCUUGCCAAACUGGGGUACUUCUUUGCUCCCCAAGUGGUUUCACUCAAACGUAUUUACGACAGGGAGCAGACGCGCUUCAAGGCCAAAGGACUUCACUUCCGACACACGGAUAACGUGAAUCACUGGUUUGCUGCGAUGGAGCAUGUUGGCUUACCUCGUAUAUUUUACCCCGAGACAACGGACAUCUAUGACAGAAAGAACAUGCCAAGAGCUGUGUACUGUGUGCAUGCACUCAGUUUAUAUCUCUUCAAACUGGGUCUGGCCCCACAGAUACAGGAUCUUUAUGGGAAAAUAAACUUCACAGAGGAGGAAAUCAGUGCAAUGCGAAAGGAACUAGAAAAGUAUGGAAUCCAGAUGCCUACAUUCAGCAAGAUUGGAGGAAUUCUUGCAAAUGAAAUGACGGUGGAUGAGGCAGCGUUGCAUGCUGCUAUAAUCGCCAUCAACGAGGCGAUAGAGAAACAAGUCUCCAAAGAAACGUUCAUGGCUCUGCAGAACCCGGCAGCAUGUUUGGUGAACUUGGUGGCGGAGGAGGAGGGUGAUUACCAGGCCAUGUUGUACGAUGCCAAACAGGCCAAGACAGAGAACGCCAGAAACAGGAGCAUGGAUAAUGAGCUGCAGUAUGAACACGACGUCUAUGAUGAGCUGUUGACCCAGGCAGAAAUACAGGGCAACGUUAAUAAAGUGAACACUAACACUGCUUUGGACAAAGUGCUUGCUGCGUUGUUGAAGAUGGACCCGAGCUUGUUACUAGCCGCACUAAAGUCUCCACAUCUCGGUCUAAAGAACGUGGUCGAUGCAAAUAUUGACUUUUAUAUACAGAAGAUGCAGGAGAUGAGAGAGAUUAAAAAGAACAACAACAAUGGUGAGGAGGUUGUACUGGACAAGGAUGAUCUACAGGAGGCCGUCAACCAGGCCAACCUGGAGGCCGACUCAGAGUAUCAGAAAACGAAAGCUGUUGCCGCUAUCAAUGCUGCCAUAGAUAAUGGAGAUUCUGUCCAGCUGAUGCGGUCUCUACAGAACCCGGCCUCACAACUUCCUCCAGUGUGUGAUUUCGCUGCAGUGCUAUAUCUGGAAGAGUUUCAGAGUAUUCGAGCAGACAAACAGGCUGACUUGGAUCAUGAAGAGUUAGUAGCAUCAUUAAAAGUGUUGAAUGCCGUGGCUGCGAUCAAUGAGGCGGUGGACACGGUCAACCCGUUGAAUGUGCACAGUGCCCUCUGUCUGCCGGAUGCGCACAUCGCCGACCUGGACGAACAGAACAUGGAGAAGUACUACGAACUGCUCGCCAACACCAAGAACGCCAAACACGAGCAAGCGUGUGACCUGUUGACUCACCACGAGAUUUCCAAAUGUGUCCAAGAUGUGCACACUCAAGUCCAAGAGGAACAUGAACGUAUAUUGGCCAUUGGUGUGAUUAAUGAGGCCAUUAACAAGGGAGAUGAGACGGAGACGCUGAAAGCUCUCCAGCUGCCGAUGGCGCGACUGCGAGAUGUGGACGAGAAGCAAGGCUACCACUACCAGGUGCUGCUAGCCAAGGAGAAGGACAGGAAGGCUGAGGCGAGCAAUGACCUGGAAGCGGUGCUGUGGUUGGAGGAAAUACAAAGAACCGUGCAGAAGGCAAAUGCUGAUGCUGAAGCCGGGCUCAAACUUUCUGCCAGUGUUCAGGCUAUAAAUUCUGCCAUUGAUGCUGAUGACCCCGAAGCUCUGUCCCACGGUCUGUCGAACAGUGACACCGGUCUCCAUAGUUACACGCCGGACUGUGUGCCAUCCUACAUGGAGAACCUGAAACAGCUGAAGAGAGACAAAGCUGAGUCAGGUGAGUGUGGAAGCGGCUGGAUGAUGAACCGACUGAAGGACGGCUCCAAGUUCUUCUUCAACAUCCACACGGGGGAGUACCUGUGGUCGCGGCAAGACGGUGUCAUCAAGGACCACGCCCUGCUCACCAAGGAGGAGAUUCAGAACUCCCUAAGUGAGGUGACGGCAGCGUACGACAGAGAAUUACUCUUCAAGUCUAACGAGGGGAACAUCAUCAAGGGUCAGGCCCUGAUCAGAGGUUACCUGCAGAGAAAGGCGUACAAAGAGAGGCAGAUGUUUAUCAAGACGCAGCUUCCCGCCAUAGUCAAAAUACAGGCCUGCUGGAGGGGAUACAAACAGAGGAAACAAUUCAAGGACAGAUUAGAUUAUCUUAACAGCAAUGAGAAGGCAGCCAUUAAGCUGCAGUCCUAUUUUCGAAUGUGGAGGGAUCGGAAGAAGUAUAGAGACAGACUUAGAUUCUACAAACAAAAUGAAGAUUCUAUCAUCAAAAUCCAAGCAUUAUUCAGAUCCAAUUUGGCACAGCAAGAUUACAAGGCACUCAUGAUGGAUGAGAACCCAUCUCUGUCGGUCGUGAGGAAGUUUGUACACCUGUUGGACGCCAGCGACAACGACUACGCUGAAGAACUUGAGCUUCAGAAGUUGCGUCAGAAUGUUGUGACAGAGAUUCGGUCAAACCAGCAACUGGAACAGGAUCUGGAUCAGAUGGACAUCAAGAUAGGACUGCUCAUCAAAAACAGAAUCACACUACAGGAUGUCGUGACCCACAACAAGAAACUGACAAAGCGCUCAGACACGUCUGGCAACCUGAGGGGUCUGAAAGCAUUGAGUAAGGAGAGCCACGAGCGACUGCACCACUACCAGCACUUGUUCUACCUGCUACAGACAAACCCCACGUAUCUGGCCAAGCUGAUCUUCGAGAUGCCACAGAGCAAGACGACCAAGUUCAUGGAGUCCGUCAUCUACUCGCUCUUCAACUAUGGAGCCAACCAGCGCGAAGAGUACCUUCUCCUGAAGCUGUUUAAAACAGCGCUAGAGGAAGAAAUCGCGUUUCUGUUUUCUGACAACACGAGAAUAUCCAAGGUGGACAAGAUGACGGACAUUGUGACAGGAAACCCGCUCGUUGUCAAGAUGAUUGUUGGCUUCAACAGGAACCAGCGUGGUCAGAAUGCGCUGCGAGAGAUGCUGAACCCACUGAUCACGCGGGUGAUAGAGGAUCGGAACCUGCGGAUCAACACGAACCCCGUCGAGGUCUACAAGAUGUGGGUCAACCAGACCGAGUCACAGUCCGGCAAAACCAGUGGUUUGCCAUACGACGUCUCCACGGAGCAGGCCUUGAAGCACGAAGAGGUUGUCGCUCAGAUCUCCGAGUCGAUCAAACGACUGCAGGACAUCACCGACCUCUUCCUGACGGCCAUCCUCGGAUCCCUCGACAAAAUCCCGUAUGGAAUGCGCUACAUGGCGAAGGUGAUGAAGGAAGCGCUGUUUCGACAGUUUCCAGACUCACCGGAGAAAGACAUUUUGAAGAUUGUGGGCAACUUGCUGUAUUACCGUUACAUCAAUUCGGCCAUUGUUGCUCCAGAUGCCUUUGACAUUAUCAGUGUGGGAGCAGAAAAGGCCUUGUCGAAUGACCAGCGGAGGAACCUGGGUUCGAUUGCCAAGAUUCUCCAGUUUGCUGCCUCCAACAAGGGAUUUGGUGGCGAGAGCUCCUACCUGUCCAGUAUGAACGACUACAUUCGAGUGUCUCACGAGAAAUUCAAGAAGUACUGCCUGCAGGCGUGUGCGGUUGAGGAACCGGAGGUGAAGUUCAACGUUGACCAGUACUCUGAAGUGACGAUGAUCACGAAACCGGUCAUCUACAUCUCCGUGCAGGAGGUCGUCAACACACAUCAGCUGUUACUGCAGCACCAGGAUGUGAUUGCUCCUGACCAUAACGACCCCCUCCACGAAUUACUCGAAGAUCUCGGUGAGGUGCCAACGAUAGAUGACCUUCUGGGUACCGAGCUGACGAAAGACGAAGACUUGAAUGAAAAUCUCCGCGUGAUGCUGGCGAAGACGGAGAUCUCGAUAACGCUGUCCAGCAAGUUUGACGUGCAGCAGGACGACCACGCCGACAUGAAGACACUGAUGAUCAGGACGAAGCGGAUGAUCGUGGAUGUGAUAGCCUGUCAGUCAGGAGACGACCUCAUACAAGUGCUGGACCUCCCGUCCAGUGAUAACCAGGAGGAGCUGCAUCAGGCGAUUGUGAAGAAACGAGACCUGGUGAACCGCAAGGCCACAGAGAAGAAGGGCAGCAACCUUGUGAGACAUGAGUCCAUACUGGGAGACACAAGACUACCUAUUGAGAGCAUGAAAGCAAAGAUUAAGAAGAACCUGCAGAUGUUGGAGCUGGCUGGGCUUGUGUCAAAGAAGACGAAAUACCAGGAGAUUGUCAAUUCAAUAGUACAGGAUAUUCGGAACCAGAGGCGGUACCGGAAUAACCGGAAGCAGGAGUUGGUUCGCCUGCGGGCAACCUACAAGAGUCUGGAGGAGAAGCGGACGUUCUAUGAGUCUCAGAUCGACUACUACAACCUCUACGUGAAAACGUGUAUCGACAACCUGCAGCACAAGUCAAAGAAGCAGAAGCGACACAGUUUGUUCCGGAGUAAGGAAGACAAACCAAAGACAACCGGGUCGAUAACAUACAGCGCCGCAAGACUCCACGAGAAGGGCAUCGUCCUGGAGAUAGAAGGGUUACCUAGCAACCAGUUUAAAAAUGUCUUGUUUGAGAUAGCUCAGACUGAAAACCCAGGCGUGUUUGAAGUCAGUGCCAAGUUUAUGGGAGUCAGUAUGGACAAAGUAGAACUCGUCUUUCAGGACCUUCUGCAGCUUCAGUACGAAGGUGUUGCCGUCAUGAAGAUGUUCAACAAAGCCAAGAUCAACGUCAACCUUCUCAUCUUCCUCCUCAACCGCAAAUUCUACGGCCGCAAUCGGGGAAAAUAAACACACCAAGCAUAAUCUUUCAGCUAUUUGUCGGUGACACAAACUUUUACAUCUGGAUCUUAAUCCAGAGUGUCUGGAUCUUAAUCCAGAGUGUCUGGAUCUUAAUCCAGAGAGUCUGGACCUUAAUCCAGAGUGUCUGGAUCUUAAUCCAGAGAGUCUGGAUCUUAAUCCAGAGUGUCUGGAUCUUAAUCCAGAGAGUCUGGACCUUAAUCCAGAGUGUCUGUGUGUAUUUAUAUACAGACUGUUGUCUCAUAUAUGAGUUGAACGACAUGACUUUAAUAUGAGUGAAAGUGCAGCUUUCUGCAUUUUUAACUCAACUGAGAAAAAUAAAGGUAUCAGCUUUGCUUUGUUUAGUUAGGGCUUAUUGUGUUAGGAGAUGUCGUAGCCAUUUAUAUAGGGUUUUUAAAAUGCAGAUUGGCUGCACAUUUUUGGUUAUUAUAAGUGUCUAAAUUAUCUGAUUUUCAUUAUUUUAAGAAUUGUUAAGUAAAUUAUGAAGUAAACAGGGGCAUAGCGUGAUCUGGACCUGUGGGGUCGAUUGAAUAUGAACAAGUGGACCCUUUUUCUAUUUUGUAUUUGCAUCACCAGAAACUCCAUAUGUAUAAACCUGUAUGUGUUAGUUCUGAAAGCAGACCAUUUGCUUCAGUGACGGGGUUCAUCCGAAAAAAAACCCAACCCAGCCUACGCCCCUGAACAGGGAUGUGAUUUUACAGUUUUUUAUCUUGUUUCAGUAUUUUGUUCAAUAAGUUUCAUGAUGUAGGUUGGAUUUGAUCUGAAAUGAUUUAAAAAAAAACCCACCCAUGCAUUUUAUUUAAGCAAGGUGUAUAAUUUCAGCUUUUUAAGUUCACUUCAGGUUUUAUUUCAAAAUGAGUAUCACAUUCCUGAAACAAGUUGAGACUGAGUUUAAAUUAAAAGUUCAGUUUUCAUAAUGCGGGUAUUUUCUGAGUAGGUAGGCCUAUCUAACCUUCAUAUCUGCCAGUAAUUGUAAUACGUUGCCUGUUUAUAUUGGAUCUGUAUAAUAUUUCCUAAAAUACAAAAUAUGGAAUGUGAAAUAUUGAAAACAAAAGAGAGAAGUUUUCAUUGGUUGAAAUGUGGCUGAGCUGUAUUGAUGGGUCAUUCAUGACAGAAUGUGAUAUAUUUUUCAAAAUAUAUUUAUUAAAUAUUUUAUUACAGUUUUGAAGUCUUUCAUUAACAUUGUUUUUCCCAGGAUUUAAGUUUACUAGGAUGGUACUCAUCCAAAGCAGGUCAAAAGGACCUGGGUGGGCAGGAAGUGGGGGGGAGGGCAUAGUUCCCCCCCCCCCCCACUUGAAGAUGACAAUGUAUGUUUUUUGUCCUACUCUCUAUAAAUAAAGAUAAAAAUCGGCUCUGUGUUUUUUUCAAAAACAAUCUUAGUGCUAAAAUCACCUUAAGUACCUAACUACAUCAGGUGAUUUUAGCGCUCUGGUCACUCUGUAAAAUGGGGCCCUGGUGUGUCCCCUUCCCCUACUCUAUAGGGGCCUGCAGUGUGUCCCCUUCCCCUACUCUAUAGGGGCCUGCAGUGUGUCCCCGUCCCCUACUCUAUAGGGGCCUGCAGUGUGUCCCCGUCCCCUACUCUAUAGGGGCCUGCAGUGUGUCCCCAUCCCCUACUCUAUAGGGGCCUGCAGUGUGUCCCCGUCCCCUACUCUAUAGGGGCCUGCAGUGUGUCCCCGUCCCCUACUCUAUAGGGGCCUGCAGUGUGCGUAGAUUGAGCACCAGAAGGGUGUGGCAAUGCUGGGACCUUAUUCUUAAUGUCCUUUCAUCAGUGGUAGUUAGCAACAUGUUUAUAUUUAUGUUUUAAAUCAAAGACAUUUGCUAAGACGUCAUGGGGUCAGCCUGGGACCUGGGGAAACCAUGAAUACAUCCUCUGCCUACCGGUCACUCGAAAAUGCUGAAACCAAUUCAGUCAGCUGAGCCAGCUCACUGUGUCAGUGAGGAACAUUCUAAUAACAAAAUAAAAAUAUUUCUGUAAUAAAGUGUUCUAAUUGUUAGAAAUAUUGCUGUCUGAAGAACUGCGUGUACUUAAUAUACUACGACAAAAUAGUUCAGCAAUUUGGUAAAUGUGCUUAAAAAAACAAAAAAACUUAGUUUUAAAGUGAAAUCAUUCAUUUAUCAGUGUAAGUAACUGAAGAUUUUUAGCACAAAAUUAAAUUCUCUCUCUCUCUCUCUCUCUCUCUCUCUCUCUCUCUCUCUCUCACACACUCUCACUCUCUCUCACACACUCACUCUCUCUCUCUCUCUCUCUCUCUCUCUCUCUCUCACACUCUCUCUCUCUCUCUCUCUCUCUCUCUCUCUCUCUCUCUCUCUCUCUCUCUCUCUCUCUCUCUCUCUCUCUCUCUCUCUCUCUCUCUCUCUCUCUCUCUCUCAACUGUUACAUCAUUGAAUGUUGCUUGUAGUUUAAAAUACAAUGCAGUUGUGCUAAAUUGCUAAACGUUUUUGUCUUAGUAUAAUUCCAAUAUUAUCAUGUCUUGCUUGUUGCUUCAGUUAACCAACCCGAUCUUUUUGAUUUACAUUUGUCGUUUUGCAGGACCAAAAUUAAUAUCUAGAAUUUUAUAUCAGUAAUUUACAUCGAUCAUUACCAUUCGAACUGAAAUAUAUACAUUUAUGUGUAUUUUUUAUUAAUAUUAUUUUUUAAACAUUUCUCAUAAUUCUUAUAUCAUUCCUUUUGAGAGGGACCAUUACAUUCAUUAAGUACAGUAUAUAUCAUAUAUUUCUAACUUAUUAACAUAGGAUGUCAUCAACUUAAAUAUGGAUAAUAUUUACAAGUCUGGUUUAAAAGCAUUUUAUACAGAUUUUAUUAAGAAAACAUUCCUAUCAAAAAUGGUAAUCUUGGCUGAUCUGAAAGUUAUUUCUGGACUUUUUCUACAGGCUUUUUUUUAUACUCUUGUUCUAUGCAUUCAGAGCUUGUGUUACAUAUAUAUAUGUUUGUAUUUACAUAUAGAAUCUCCACAUUGAUAUGUCCUUUUUACAGAGAAAGGUGCUACUUUGUACAGGCAGUGAAACAGUUUGUUGAAGACUAGUAUGCAGUGUGUUGUCCUUAUUAGCAUAUUAUUUGGAGUUUUUUUGUUUUGUUUUUGUCCCAUAAUCCUUUACUGUGGUUAUUAUGUAUGUAAAUUAUAUUAAUUAACAUAUGAUUAUGUGACCUCCAGUUACCGCAUAAAUUACCAGUAGUUAGGGGUGGGAUGAUUAAAGUUUCCUGCUCUUAAAAUAGUGUUAUUAAAAUGUAUGUGUGAUAGCUGGUGUACAUGUGGAAUAUAUCAUAAAUAAAUUGAACCGUGGACCAAAUAUCAAAAAUCAAAUGGAACCUUUUUAUAAAAAAAUGAAUUGUCCCAUCCCUACCAGCAGUAUAACCUUGAUCUCAUAGUGCUUUCAUGUUUGCAGAAAUUAAAACAUUAUUUCGCUCGGCAGAGUUUUAGCCGGACCUCCAGACUUGUUAGAAAUUAAAACAUUAUUUCGCUCGGCAGAGUUUUAGCCGGACCUCCAGACUUGUUAGAAAUUAAAACAUUAUUUCGCUCGGCAGAGUUUUAGCCGGACCUCCAGACUUGUUAGAAAUUAAAACAUUAUUUCGCUCGGCAGAGUUUUAGCCGGACCUCCAGACUUGUUAGAAAUUAAAACAUUAUUUCACUCAGCAGAGUUUUAGCUUGACCUUCAGACUUUUAGUAAAUGAACAUUUUGAGAUUUAGUAAACAACAGCUUAAACCCUGCUAAAACAUUUCUUUGUAAAGGGUUGUUCAUACUGUGUGACUUACAGUACUAACUUGAGCUAGCAACCAAACUAUAAUUGUCUGAACCAUUAAAUUGUAAUGAUUUUAGUCAGACGUUACAAGUUACACAGCACAAACUAAAAAUUGCAAUACUGUAAAUUGCAUGCUACAAGUCCUAGCGAAGUCAUGCAGUAGGAAUGUCCUAUGAUACAACUUCUGUGACAAAUUAUUAAUUUUGAUUAAUCUAAAAGAAAGAAGAUUUUCUAUUAGCUUAUUUGCUAUUGCUAGUUUUUUAAUGUGACAAUUAGGUCAGAUUUCAUUUUUAGUUUGUUUUUGUAAUUUAUAAUUAUAGACACAUUUCUGAUAGAAAAGUCAGUUUAAUAUUCCAGUGUGUUACUAUAACAAGACCACUAUAAAUUACUAGUGUCGUAUGGAAGCAGAGAAUUUCAGGAACUUUGUCAAUGGUGGUGGUGGGGGUGGGGUCAUGGUAGUUGGUUUUUAGUUUUCAGCUGCUACCAAAUCUAGAAUUGACUGUUUAUUACUCACGGUGACCUCAGAUCAAUUUUGGGAUUUUAGUUUUAUGUUUGUUAAACAUAUUUUCAUUUUUGUGUGAUCACAUUGUAAAACAGAGAUUCAGAUAAAAGAAUAACCAAGCUGGUUAAAGAUGCUAUUUCAAAAAUAUUUUUACUAAAAAUUAAAUCGGAUUUUCAUUGUUACAAAUCUGUUGAAUUAUGGAGGCUUGUAUUAUGAGGAGGGGAGGUAUCGGGGGUAAAUAUGAAGAGUUCAGGCGCAAAGCGCAAUAUAAACCAUUUUCUUUCUUUCUUUUAGUUUAGCCAUUAUUGUAUGUCAGUAAGAGCUAAUCAUAGGCCCACUGAUUUGCCGCAAAAUGCCAUUUAUCAUUAUGAAAUUGUAUUGGGUGAAUCCCGGUUUUUUAAUUUAUCAAAACACAAUAAACGCCAAUUAAAAAAAUCACUUUUACUGAAAAUUAAAAAAUAGAUAUAUCGCGUUUUGUGCCUGAACUCUUCAUAUCCUUAUAACAGUUGGAGUUUCUUAAUUUACCAAUUUUAAAUUUAAUUAAAGUGGGAAACAAACCUAUUUUAUAGGCUUUAUCUAUACACGAGAGGUUAGAACUACUAACAUUUUGAAGACAGCUUAUUGAGGUCACCAGCUGGUCAUACUUGCAGUAGUCAAUCAAAUCAAGUAAUUUGUUUCUAAAAUAUUAAUAUUUUUAAAUGAUUUCCAAUUGAAAUAGAGUUAUUUAGAACUUAUUAGUCCUUUUUUGUUUUUCAAAAAAAAAAUCAUGUUUAUUGGUGGUUUAAACAAUAAUGAAAAUGGCUAUGAGACCUGUUAUGUUGCAUCACAGUAGUUGAUAUUAAAAACACAAAGAUUAUUAAAACUUGUGUCUUAGAUGGGAAGUUAAUAUGGGGGGGGGGGGGUUUAAAAUUCUGUGUCAACUACAGAACAUGUACAGUACUGACCAGCUUAUUAUAUAUCCGUUAUAAUGUAUAUUUGCUUAUACAUAUAUAUUUAUAUUUUAACAAUUUAUAAAAAUAAUAUAAUUUGCAACAAUGUUAAAUGACUUUUUGUCUUUUUUUUUGAGACUGUUUGAUCGUUGAUUUUAUAAUGGAGAUACUGUGCCAAAGAGUCACGGUGUUAUUAAAAAAUGUUUUUAGCAAUGAUCAAAAGAAUGAUUCCAUAUUUGCUGUAUCUCCAUGCACACUAUUGUAUCUUGCCUUCUAACGAUGCCUUCAUGUAUUGGUGAUACUUUUACAUUUUCAAUUGCUUUUUUAGCUGUACAGUGCUUGUACUUUAAACACAGUUACAAGUGAGUAAACUGAAAGGACA